GUUACUUUGAACAACGCCGUUUUUCGCACACGAUCAAGAGACUGUUGUCAUCAUGGCCGUUGCUGAUUACAAGAGGUACCUUGCUGAGAAUGUCCUCAAUGAGCGACGCACGGUCACCUACCGGUCCUUAGGUCGAGCCCUUCGGGUUCAUAGUACCCUGGCCAAGCAGAUGCUCUUCGAUUUCCACCGUAACGAAAACAGCAAGAAGCCAAACAGCGUCAAUGCGACUUAUAUUAUUACGGGAGUUCAGAAAGCGCCCGAGACUCCUUCCACAACAAAUGGCGCUCAGGACAGCUUUGAUGGAAUUCCCCAGAGCAGUCCCUACAUUAGCAGUUCGAUGCCGAAUCAGGACGUCGCUACGGAUGAGAUCGCCAUGUCCUCGGUUGUGCUUGUGCGAGAGGAAGACUUGGAGGAUGCCAAGACAACCUUCCAAUCAGUCUCAUCGAUAUAUGUCUACAGCCUUCAGCCAGCGGUACUCCAGGAUCUCAAUGUCUUGACAGAUGUCGCGAGUGAAAUGAUUGCCAAGCAUGCUCAGGAGGAUCCUCUAGAAUACGGCAAAUCUUGGGGCAUGAUCCAGGGCAACAAUGUCCGGAGAAGAACCGGGGGCCGCCCUCCCGUUCCAGCCCCCGCUCAGGCUCCAGCUCCUCCCAAGACGACCGUCCCAGCUAAGCGUCCUAUCAAGAAUGAAGAGACGCCACAUCCAAAGAAAGAAACUGAAGCCGAGGCUGCGAAGCCAGAGCCGACGACUAAACGCGAGGAAACACCGGCGUCUACUAAACCGACUGAGAAGACAGCUCCUCCGAAGCAAAAGGGCAGUAUAUUUAGCUCCUUUGCAAAGGCCAAGCCGAAGCAGAAGAUGGAGGAUUCAGCAACGCCGGCCACUUCUGCUGCCGAAUCGGCCGAACCCAGUGGUGCUGAAGAUGUGGUUCUAGACGAUGCAUCAGACGGGGAUGAGGAACCUGAGGAGCUGUUCCGAGACUCAGGGAAGUCCGCGUCCGCCGGUACACGUGAGUCGCGGAAAGAGCGUGAAGAAAGACUCAGAAAGAUGAUGGAAGAUGAUGACGAAGACGAAGACGAAGAAAUGCCUGACGCUGCACCCUCACCAGAAGAGUCUAAGCCUAUCGACGAGCCGCCGCCGCCGAAACAAGCUGAGCUCAAGGAAGAAGUCACGGUUAAGGGCGGUCGUCGCAGGGGCAGGCGCCAAGUCAUGAAGAAGAAGACAGUCAAGGACGAUGAGGGCUAUCUGGUGACCGUUGAGGAGCCAAGCUGGGAGUCAUUCUCAGAAGACGAGCCAGCACCGCCUCCUAAGAAGAAGCCCGCUGUGAGCGCGCCCAAGGGCAAACCAGCAGCGAAACCGGGACAAGGCAGCAUUAUGUCCUUCUUCUCAAAGAAGUGAACAACUGUCGUGGUUCUUGAAUAGUCGCUCGUUUUUGAAACCGCGUCAUGACCGAUUGUCUCUGCCUCUGAUUCUCAGACACCAUAUCCUGGGCUUGGCCACUAUAUACGCUGGCAGACUAGUGCACCUCAGCACUCCCAAGAAGACAUUGGCAUAUGCAGUGCAAUGAACUGACAAAACCUCAGGCACUUUCAGCGUCAAACCGGACCAAUUUCUCACGCCUGGUCACAUCAUCAUAACCAUCGGCACCAAAUAACGAACUGCUUGUCACGAGUCGUCAAUAUCUGGUCUGCUGUUUCCCCUUCCUACAAUCCUUAUACGGUUCCUGCAUACAGCGCUGCAUGUAUAGUACAUAGCUUCAUCAUUUCUGUUCGACAUGCAGAGCAUUUUCAAUUUUCAAUCCACGUAAUAGGCUCAGUUCAGGUACAACGGCGUCAUUCAAAAUCAGAUAGAGCUUUGACUACAGAUAUCUGCCAAGCAUUUUCAGCGUUCUUAAAAUGUACCACCUUCGAGUAUUGAUGGUCAUGAGUAUGACUGGCUCUGAUAGCCGUGGAUAACAGCC